AUGGAGCAGUCACUGGCAGCUUCGUACGACAAGGGAAGAGACAUCAAAAAGAGACUCGAAUCUCUGCCAUUCAAGCCUCAGGAGGAGAUGUUCACCAGUCUGUUUGGCUGUGGCAAGCAAUGUCCUUUCUGCGGUGUACCCUGUGAAGCAGGGGGGAUAGAGCAAAACAAACACCAUUCCUCCAUUCACCGUUCACAAGGUAUCUGUGGUUAUAGCGAUGUUCAUUCAGAGAAAUGAGUAAUUGAGAUAUGUUCAUCUCUUGUGGUUAGUUGCAAAGCAGCAUUCUCCAAUGCUGUGACUGGAGGAAAGUUUCACCCCUACAAGGACUACCAGACAUAUUACCCUGACUGGACCAUAACUGGUGAUGCCAGCGUUGAGGCGUCAGACUACUGGAAGUAUGUGAUGGCCAGAUUCAAUGAGAGAAUCGCUACAGACAGAGGAGGCUCAACCCUUCCUGCUGAUCUCCCAGAGGACUGGAAGGCAUUAACACCUGAUGAUGCAAUGAAGAGCUUGAAAGAGUCUUUCAACAUGAAAUAA